AUGAAGAGACUCACGUGUUCAAGUUUGUGUAUGUACGUGAUCGGUUCAACCCCAGGCAGAUUUCAUGAGAGAAAUUUCUCGACAAGCGCAGCACAAUUAUGUAACGCGUUUCCGACGGACGCGGAGAUCACUNGGCGCACCGAACAUGAUGCAUAUCGAACAAUGGAAGAAAUCUACGAGGCAUUGGAUCGACAUGGACGACAACAUCCGUUUGUCAAGGUGGAGACUAUGGGCUACACCGAGGAGGGUCGUCCUUUGAAAAGUGUGUUUCUCCUGACGCGAACCGGUCAGACUCUAUUGCGCGAUUAUCAGUUCUACAUUUUGCCGCUGGUCAAUCCCGACGGAUAUGCCCAUACACAUCGAGUGGAUCGUCUUUGGCGGAAAAACCGAUCAUAUUCAGCCGGCGAACGUUGUCUGGGAGUGGAUCUUAACCGAAAUUUCCCUUUGAAAUGGGGAGCAGGAGAUGGUUCGUCGCCACAAGCAUGUACGGAUAUCUAUCGGGGAAGCAAACCGGCAUCCGAGUUAGAAACCCAGAGUAUAGUUCGACGUCUGACGGAACUGAAAGAUAAAAUGAUACUGUAUCUCAGUUUACACUCGUACGGACAGUAUAUUCUCACUCCGUACGGGUUUGCAAGAUAUCAGUAUCCGAAAAACUAUAAGAAUAUGAUCAACUUGGGUCACUUGGUUCGAAAAGCAAUUCGAGAACGACAUGGGUUUGUCUAUCAAGUUGGAUCAUCCUCGGAUUUGCUUUAUGAAGCAGCCGGCGGAUCCGAUGAUUUUGUGGCCGGUGAAUUGGGUGUACUCUACGCGUACACAAUCGAGCUGUGCGAUGAGGGUCGUUACGGGUUUCUGCUUCCUGCCUCGUAUAUUCGAUCAGUUGGACGACAAUUAUGGACGGCUGUUCAACAAUUUGCCGAACACAUGUGA